UGACAGUCACCCGCAGGCCGUCAGAAAAGGAGGGGCCGGGCUCUUUCCCGGGAAGGAUAAACUUCGGGACCUUUGGGAAAGGCUCCGGAAACUUGCAGAGCCCUACUGUGGUAGGGAGCCGGAGUCGAGGACCCUGCUGGAGUUGACACGGAAGGGAGAGGGGCCCGGCUUGCGGGAGAGCCAGGGAUGCGGCUGACGUAAAGAUGAGCAGUUCAGAGGAGGUGUCCUGGAUUUCCUGGUUCUGUGGGCUCCGUGGCAAUGAGUUCUUCUGUGAAGUGGAUGAAGACUACAUCCAAGACAAGUUCAACCUCACAGGGCUCAAUGAGCAGGUACCCCACUAUCGACAAGCCCUUGACAUGAUCUUGGACCUGGAGCCUGAUGAAGAGUUGGAAGACAACCCCAACCAGAGUGACCUGAUUGAGCAGGCAGCUGAGAUGCUGUAUGGAUUGAUCCACGCCCGCUACAUCCUCACCAACCGUGGCAUCGCCCAGAUGUUGGAAAAAUACCAGCAAGGAGACUUUGGCUACUGUCCCCGUGUGUACUGUGAGAACCAGCCAAUGCUCCCCAUUGGCCUGUCGGAUAUCCCAGGCGAGGCCAUGGUGAAGCUCUACUGCCCCAAGUGCAUGGAUGUGUACACACCCAAGUCAUCGAGGCAUCACCACACGGAUGGCGCCUACUUCGGCACCGGCUUCCCUCACAUGCUCUUCAUGGUGCACCCCGAGUACCGGCCCAAGCGGCCCGCCAACCAGUUUGUGCCCAGGCUCUAUGGUUUCAAGAUCCACCCGAUGGCCUACCAGCUGCAGCUCCAAGCUGCCAGCAACUUCAAGAGCCCGGUCAAGACGAUUCGCUGAUUCCUUAGCCUACCUGUUCCUCAGUCUUUUACACCCCUGUUCCUUUGCUGCCACCCUUUCAGGAAUCCUCUGUGGUUUUUAGUUUAAAUUAAAGGAGUCAUUAUUGUGGUGGGGAUAUCAAAUAAAGUGGAAGAAAAGGC